GUUAAGUAACGAUUAUUUUCUUCUCUUUUGUUUUUAUCCAGAUAAUCAUGAAGAAUUUUAGCUUAGCAAUUCUUCUUAUUACCUUUAUAGUCGCGGUAUUUGCCAAUCCAGAUCCGCCUACUCAACCUGUGCGUUUUCGCCGUGAAGCUGAACCGGAAGCUGAACCCGGUAAUAAUCGGCCAGUAUAUAUUCCACCACCAAGACCACCUCAUCCACGUCUUCGCCGUGAAGCUGAACCGGAAGCUGAACCCGGUAAUAAUCGGCCAGUAUAUAUUCCACAACCAAGACCACCUCAUCCGCGAAUCUAAUGAAGAAUAUGAAGCAAUUCACAAAUGAAAUAUCAAAUAUCUAAUAAAAUAUUUUUAAUUAAUUCAUUGUAAAAUAUUGUAUUUAAUGUUAAUUUUAAAAUAAAAUUGAUCUUAUUAUUGUAAAAU